AUGGCUUACGAAGAGGUAUUAUUUCUCGUAUGUUUUACUGGUAAAAAGAAGUACUUUAGGAUUAGGCAUGAAGAUGAAGUAAACUUUAGACCAGAUGAUCUCUUUAUGAAAGGAAUUGAUACUGUGAAGCAGGGGAAUUCUGAGCUCUUCAGGAUAACUGGAUCCUUUAAUGCAUAUAGCACUGAUACUCCUAAUACUCCCAAUACUUUUGAUACUCCAUAUAGUAUUAAUUUUUUAUGCGUAUUUUUACUAAAAUCACAAAUAGUCUCCAUACUAUGCGUAGAAUUAAUCCUUCUGAUACUUCGCAUAAAACUGUAUAAAAUCCGAUCAACUACCAAUAUGAUUAACCCCUUACCUAGAAAGUAUAUGCACUCUGAUGCCAUAAAAUUAUCAUCUACAGAUUAUGAAGAUAUCAUGCAAUACUAG